UGUUAUGUGUUACUCUUUACGGAAGCGCUCGGUGCUACAAGUUAAAACUCAAGAAACGGCAUCUAGUUCUGAAAAAAAGAUAAACCAGAUUGCACACUUUAUGAAAGGACCGGACAACUUGCAGUGUCGAGUUUGGGACUGAUCUUUAAACAGCUCUCACAGGAGCCCCCACGGGACGAUUGGAUGUGUUUGAGCCCAUCACUGCAAGGACAAGACGACAGCUGUGAGGCUUCAGCACGAUGGUCUCCUCGGUGAAGCCGUACAAAAAACAGCACUACGCUGACUUGAAGAAUGACUGCAUCAGGAACAAGACGCUGUUUGAGGAUCCAGAGUUUCCAGCCACCAACGCUUCACUCUAUUAUAACAAACCACCUCCUGGUAGGGUAAAGUGGAAACGACCUGCGGAGAUAAGUAAAAAACCUCAUCUGUUUGUUGAGGGCAUCAGCUCCCAUGAUUUGAACCAGGGAGUUGUGGGAAACUGCUGGUUUGUUGCAGCCUGCUCUUGUCUGGCCUUGAAGCCAAAGCUCUGGCAGAAGGUGAUUCCUGACUGGAAGGAGCAGGAGUGGGAUGACAAACACCCCGAGAACUACGCAGGAAUCUUCCACUUUCAGUUCUGGAUCUUUGGUGAGUGGAUCGACGUGGUGGUCGAUGACCGACUCCCUACGAUCAAUGAAGAACUCAUCUACUGCCACUCGAAAGACCCCAACGAAUUCUGGAGUGCUCUGCUGGAAAAGGCCUAUGCAAAGCUCUCUGGCUGCUAUCAGUCCCUUGAGGGCGGAAACACUGGUGAUGCUGUGGUGGAUUUCAGUGGAGCUGUAUCUGAAGCCAUCAGCCUAGAAGAAGGGCAAUUUUAUAAGGACCAAGGAAAACAAGACAAGCUUUUUGAUGACCUGCUGAAGGUGUACGACCGAGGAGGAAUCAUAAGCUGCUCCAUCAGGGCACAGCCUCAUGAAAUUGAGCUCAAGAUGAUAAACGGGCUCGUGAAAGGCCAUGCGUACUCAGUAACUGCAGUGAAGAGGGUUCGUUUGGGUCAUGGGCUGCUGGCCUACUUCAAGAAUGAAACCAUUCCUCUGAUCCGUAUGAGAAACCCCUGGGGUAAGAUUGAAUGGAAAGGAGCCUGGAGUGACAGUUCUGAGGAAUGGGCAAAGGUUGGUGACACAGAGAGGCAUAAGCUUGGCAUCACAGUGGAAGAUGAUGGAGAGUUCUGGAUGUCAUUUACAGACUGGUGCAAGUUCUUCACUGAUGCAGACGUGUGCCGUGUCAUAAAUACUUCAUUGAUUAGCGUCCAUAAGACUUGGAAUGAGUACGUGCACUUUGGCAGCUGGUCCAAAAAUGCUGACCCACUUCUAAACCGCUGUGGGGGCUGUGCUAACCACAAACGGACAUUCCUGCAGAACCCACAGUAUUUAUUUGAUGUGACAAAGGAGACUGAUGAGGUCCUCAUCUCGUUGCAACAGAGAGACAUGAAAAUCCACAGACCUCAAGGUCACGGAGAAAACCUUACCAUUGGCUUUGGCAUCUUUAAGGUGGAGCUGAACAGGAAGUACCGUUUACAUGACAUCCUGACCCAAAAGUGUGUAAAUACGUCAACCUACAUCAAUGCUCGGACAGUGUUCAUGAGGAUCAGUCUGACUCAGGGCCGAUAUGUCAUCUUCCCCACCACCUUCCAGCCUUUUACGAUGGGCGAUUUCAUGCUCCGGGUUUUCACUGAUGUGGAGUCCGGCUGCAGGGAGCUGACAGUGGACAAGCCUCAGGUAAAAUGCUGGAGUUCAAUCAUUGGUUACCCACAAGCUGUGACUCAUGUCUAUGUACAUUCAGCUGAGGGGCUGCAGAAUCAGGACCGCACAGGAGGUGCAGACCCCUACGUGAUCAUAUCAUGUGAGGGCAAGUCAGUCAAAUCCACCAUCCACAAGGACACCUUAAACCCAGAGUUUGCAACUAGCGGUGUUUUCUACAGGAAAAAGCUGAGCAAGCCCAUAACUGUGCAGGUGUGGAACAGCAACGCAGUGAAGGAUGAAUUUAUGGGCCAAGUCGUGUUGUCCGGGUCAGUGAACGACCCCACCGAACCUCAGAGGCUUCAGCUCACAGAUCAAAGACGGCAGAUGCCCGGCACCAUCGGCCUAAGGAUCGUCACCUCGGUUCAGCUGACUGCCAUAUGACCGGAGAGAGGGCUGAAUCCUUUCUCAGCUUUGACUUAUUUGACAAGCAUCAAAACCAGCAGCGGGAUGCAUUUGUAUGAAGGUGAAUUUAUGUGAGCAGGGAAUUAUGGGACAAACUGAAAAUCUCUCCCUUUUCGUUACUUUUGAUCUUUUUUUUUUUUAAUUCAUGCUUUUAUAAUUUAUAUAUAAAGUUUUUAUUUUGAUGUGUUUGUAACCCCGAUUAUUCUGAUACGACACUGUGAGAAACAUGGCAGUAUUUGUCCUUCAGGCCUCACAGUUACCAAGAUCGCGGCCUGUACAGUCGCCUUUUUGCAGAGUAACGUGUUACAUGCUACACCUGGUGUUACACGUAUGCAUUCCUCUUCCGUUUCUUUCCUCCAGCAGUUUACAAUCAUGGUUCGUUCUCAUGAGUACUAAGAAAAUCCUCAAUGGAACAAAAAUUAAAAGAAAUCCUAAGACCAAA